AUGAUGCAAAAAUUAUCUCGAAAGCUGCGUAACGAUUACAAGAAAUACCUCAAGGCGAAUCGUUCCAAUGUGAUUCUCUGGUGUUCCUUUGCUGUGUUCGUUAUGUUUAUCUACCAUUUCUUCUCUGAUGGUGAUUUUUCAUUCCUCCUUACUCUUGGCAGCAUUGUUAGCUGCUUCGGCUUUACCCUUGUUCUGGUGAAAUCUUUCUAUUCUAAAUCUGUGGCAGGCGUCUCUCUGAAGUCUUUGCAGUGCUUCCUUGUGGUCUACGUUCUCCGUCUCAUUGCCAUUUGCUUUACGCAAGCCUAUCUCCCUUACGAUAAAUCGGGAGAUUGGUUCUACCAGCUGGUAGAGGGAUUCAGUCUCUUGGUGAUCAUGGCCAACAUCUACUUAAUCAUGGGUCCCUUCAAGUACACUCACAAUAUGCACCACGACACCUGGGGUCAGCAAUACGUCGACAAACGCUACACCGCUCUUCUCCUCAUCGUUCCCUCCCUCAUUCUCGCUCUGAUCGUGCGUCCCCAGCGCAGUGGCCGCGGUUUCUUCGACUUCUGUUGGGCAGCGUCGAUGUACCUGGAGGGCGUGGCGAUCCUCCCGCAGCUGCACAUGUUCCAAAAGAACCGAACGGGUGAAAUCGAGUCGUUCACUUCACACUUCGUGUUCAGUCUGUUCGUGUCCAAGCUGCUCGUGUUCUUCUUCUGGAUGAGCAGCUGGAAGGAGCUGAACGGGUCGUACGGAUUCAUCAGCAGCCAUUUCGCGGGACUGGCGAUCAUUCUGUCGCAGAUAUCGCAGCUCGCGCUCAUGGCGAGCUAUGUGUUCUAUUAUCUGCGAUCGUGGGGGAAGGGAUGGAGCUUGAUGUGUAGAGCCAUUUAUGAUGCGCCGAUGGUGCUGCCUACAAGCUUGGAUAUGAGAUCAGAUUUUUUUGUUUGUUGGAAUUACGACGGAUUGGCGAUGAAUGGGAAAAAGGCUCUUUUCAUGGCUACAGGCGGUCUGGUGUUCGCGUAUUUAGGAUAUCGGUACCAGGAAAGGUAUAUCGAGAAUGCUAGAGUAGUUGCCGGAAUUCGCUUUUAUUCUGUAGAAGAGACACCAGGAAUACAUCGAGGCUGA